CUGGGCGGCAGAAAGAACGCCAACAAGAAAAGCUUUAAAUCACAGUGUUUUCAAAUCAGCUAAGCCAUUUAGAUUUUACCAAUCGAGUGGUGAUUUGUUUUUCGUUCUCAUUUGCUCACGUUAAAUUUAUCUGAGAACCCAAUUCCUUUACAACCGAGAGUGUGUGCUGUAGGUCAUGGACACUUGCGCGACAGGUUUUUCCAGUACCGUUUUCUUUGACUUGGAGACUACUGGUUUUGGACCCUCAUGUGACAUAGUUCAGCUGGCGGCAGUGAAUGGCAGUCAUACGUUAAACCUCUUUAUGGUCCCGCGCUGCAGGAUGGAGCGUGGGGCCUGCAGGGUGACUGGCUUUAGCGUGCGUAAGAAUCGGCUCUUCCUACACCGCAGACCCAUGCUCACUAACUCGCUGAGGGAAGCCCUGGUGUCCUUCAUCACCUUCCUUUGUAUGUUUAGACGCCCGCUGCUAGUUGGUCACAACAUUCGCAGGUUUGAUUGUCUCGUGUUGGCUAGAGCUUUGGACGAGUUUGGCUUGAAAACAGCAUUCGAGGUAGGAAUUGCGGGUUUUGUGGACAGUCUCCCAUUGGCCUGCCAGCUUCUCAAGAACAGUGGAAUCCACAGCUUCAAGCAGGAGAUUCUAGUUAAGACCAUACUUGGUGUUUCCUAUGUGGCCCACAAUGCUUUGGAAGAUGUACAAGCCUUGCAGAAGCUUUACUGGACCCUCAGACCCACAGCCAGUCAGAUUCAGCAGCAUAUGUUUAGUCUGGAUUCACUCAAUACCAAUGCUGUCAAACCUGGCAGCCCACCAGGACAGGGGUCCUUAUAUGAGCACUUCCAAAGGGCAAUGAAAGUAACUGCAUCACAGGGGAGACGUAUGAGCUUUCGCUGAAUUAAGGAAAAUGGUUUUCAUGCACUACAACUUGUGUAGAAGUUGCAAUUUAUUUGAUACAACACCAGUUCCUUGUAUUGCAGUUGUUAAAUGGGGGUAUUAUUGUUGAAAAUACACAAUUAAUCCUUCAGCAGAGUAAGGAAUGUUAUUUUAGCAAUUAGUCAUAUGGCCAUUCAAGCCAUUCCUGUUCCAGCAUUGCCAGGAUAUAAGAGUGUAAGGCAGUUGAUAUGGAACACAACUGCACACACAUUUUUGUCUAUUUUAAGAAUAUUUAUUUAAUGAAAUUCCUUUAUUGAAAUAAAAGUUGUUGUUUUUUUUUUAAACUACAUGUAUGUUUUGCCUUACAGAACCUAGUAGGAGUAAGUCACUGGGUCGCUUGACCCAUCAUUUCAAAUGUAAUUAACAUGACAUUUUAUAGG